AUGUUGCGGACUGUGCUAAGAAUAAAUAUUGGACUUGGGAAUAGUCUCCUGCACUGUAAACGCUUUCCAAACAAACAGCAUCACUUUGGUGUGAACUACUCUACUGCAGCUGAAAAGAAACGGUUUUAUCAAAAUGUCAGCAUCUCACAGAAUGAUAGUGGUUUGUACGAGAUCAAUUUGGACAAAAUGAAGCUCAAGACUCCCGGAGGAAAGUUGUUCACGACACCAAAUGAAGUCAUGGCCAUUGCUGUUGCAACUGAGUGGGAUGCUCAAAAAGACGCUAUCAAGUUUUACAGCAUGCAUCUGACAACUCUUUGCAAUACAGCUUUGGACAAUCCUACACAACGUGAUGAAGACCAAAUGAUCAGUGCUGCACUUAAGUUUUUGGAGACUGACACAGUAUGUUACAGAGUUGAAGACCCUGAAGGUUUAGUAGACCUGCAGAUCAAUGAGUGGGACCCUGUGCUUCACUGGAUUGAGAACAGAUAUAAUGUCACUAUAGGUUCAUCACCAAGUAUUUUGGGUCCAGAAAUUCCUGAAGCUACUAAAGAUGCUUUCAGACAACAUCUCAAAUCUUACAACUUUUGGUCACUGACAGGGUUGGAGUACGUGAUAACUCAGCUGAAGUCUGUUGUGCUGGCUAUGGCUAUCAUCGACAGACAUCUCUCUGCAGAAAAAGCGGUGCUGCUCUCAAGACUGGAAGAGGAGUAUCAGAUCCGCCACUGGGGGAAUGUGGAGUGGGCUCAUGAUUAUGACAUGUAUGAAGUGAGAGCACGGACUGCUGCUGGAGCACUUUUUGUCCAGUUGUCUUCUGAAACAUCAUCUGUGAAGCGCAAACUUUUACAAGAUUAA